AUGCCUCCAAAAGAGAAUCCAAAGGAGGACUAUACCCUCAAGGUGACAUCACCUGAUAUUGGUGGAAGGACAGUCAUAGGCAGUGACAAGCUUACUCUAGUUGAGCAAAGACAGUUUCUUUACGUCAGAAUUGUGAGAGCCAGUGGCUUGCCAGUGAACAACACGACCGGCACUUGUAACCCUUUUGUCGAGCUAAGGAUUGGAAACUACAAGGGAACAAGUAGAUGCUUUGAAGAGACCUCAAACCCAGAAUGGAACGAAGUUUAUGCUUUCACAAGAGAUCGGCUUCAGGGUGGGAGAUUAGAGAUCUUGGUAAGGAAUAAGGAAUCUGCGAUUAACGAGAUUAUUGGCCAUCUUUCCUUUGAUUUGGGCAAUAUUCCCACACGGUUUCCACCAGAUAGUCCAUUGGCACCACAGUGGUACAAAUUGGAGGAUAGAAAUGGGGUUAAGGUUGUAGGUGAGUUGAUGUUAGCUGUUUGGAUAGGGAAUCAAGCUGACGACGCAUUUUCGGUUGCUUGGCAUUCUGAUGCAGCUGCUGUUAGUGGAAAAAGCGUUUCAAACACUCGUUCUAAUGUAUACCUCUCUCCUGUACUUUGGUAUCUUAGAAUUCAAGUGAUUGCAGCACAGGAUUUGGCGCCUGCAGACAAGAACAGGAAACCGGAAGCUUACGUCAAGGCUGUUCUUGGAAACUUGGUUCUGAGGACUACAGGUUCGAAGGAUAAGAAUCUCAAUCCUACUUGGAAUGAGGAAGUGAUGUUUGUUGCAGCAGAGCCGUUUGAUGAUCCCUUGAUUUUAAGUGUGGAGGACAAAAUGGGAGCUAAUAAGGAGGCAUGCUUAGGGAGGUCUGUGAUUCCUCUGCACCAAGUGGAGAAGAGGUUGCUGCCUCAACCUAUUGGUGAUCAGUGGAUUAAUCUCGAGAAGCAUGUCGCGGAGGGUGAGGAGAAGAGAGAAGUGAAGUUUGCUAGUAGGCUUCAUUUGAGGAUCUUUUUAGAUGGUGUGUAUCAUGUUUUUGAUGAACCAACUUACUACAGCAGUGAUUUGAGGGCAACAUCUCCCAUGUUAUGCCCAGAGAAAAUAGGGGUCUUGGAGCUAGGCAUCCUCAAAGCUGAAGGGUUGCUGCCGACGAAGUCCAAGGAUGGUCGUGGAACUACCGAUGCUUACUGCGUAGCGAAAUACGGCCGAAAGUGGGUUAGGACUAGUACUAUAGUAGACAGUUAUGCUCCAAAGUGGAAUGAGCAAUAUUACUGGGAUGUUUAUGAUCCCUACACAGUUGUUACUAUUGGAGUUUUUGAUAACUAUCAUUUACAGGCAGGGGAUAAGAAUGGAGGGACGAGGGAUCCAAGGCUUGGCAAGGUAAGGAUUCGGUUGUCUACUCUAGAGACUGGUAGGAUUUACACACAUUCCUACCCACUUAUAGUCUUGCAACCAAAUGGAUUGAAGAAAAUGGGAGAACUUCAUUUGGCUGUGAAAUUUAGUUGCAACAAUUGGAUUAACUUGUUUCAUACUUACUCACAACCUUUGCUUCCUAUGAUGCAUUACCUUAAACCAUUAUCAGUUUAUCAGCUUGACAGUUUAAGACACCAAGCUAAUCAUAUCCUCUCUUUGAGGCUUGGCCGUGCCGACCCACCUCUAAGGAGGGAGGUUGUGGAAUACAUGCUUGAUACAGGUCUAAACAAAUGGAGCUUGAGAAGAGCAAAGGCAAAUUGUGAGAGGGUCAUGGCAUGUUUGAGCGGUAUCGUUGUUCUUUGGAGGCAGUUUGAUCAGAUACGCCAUUGGAAGAACUCAGCAAUCACAAUCCUAAGUUACUCAUUGUUCGUUGCCAUGGUUAUGUCUCCAAAUCUAGUGUUGCCUACUUUCUUUUUGGCUACCUUCGUGCUUGGAGUUUGGUGCUUUCCAAAGAGGCCAAGACACCCUCCACAUAUGGAUACCAGAUUAUCUCAUGCUGAAACUGCACAACCUGAUGAACUCGACGAAGAAUUUGAUACAUUUCCGUCUUCCAAGCAAGGUGAAGCACUAAAGACAAGGUAUGAUAGAUUGAGAGGGAUUGCAGGGAGGUUGAUGAUAAUGAUAGGAGAUUUGGCAACUCAAUUGGAGAGGAUUCAUGCUCUAGUAAGCUGGAGGGAUCCGCGAGCCACUGCAAUGUUUUUGAUAUUCUGUCUGAUUGCUUGUUUUUUGGUUCAUAAAGUUCAGUUCAAGUACUUGGUUCUUGCUGCAUGGACUUACACGAUGAGGCCUCCAAGACUUCGUGUUGGCAUUCCUUCCAUUCCUCAAAAUUUCCUCAGGAGAUUGCCUGCUAAAACAGAUAGCAUGUUAUAA